AUUUUCUCAGUUAGUUAUCAGACACGCUCAGAGACUGAGAGUCCCAUUGUUUGUCACAGAGAAAAACAUGUCGAUUUCUGUCAUGUUCGGGUCGAGCGUCUUGGUGGUGCCGAGUAUCAGUGGUCCUACGCCGUUGAAGAAGACAGCCCAGUGGAAUGGCGGUGGUGGGUUGGUGAUAGAGUGCUCGUCGAGGCCACAGAAAAAGGCGACGGCUCACCACAGGAAGACGAGGCCGCGUAAGACACAGGCAUGGGACAUAAGGCGGAAGCCCACCGUGUACCCUCAAUUGCCGCCCUUACCUCCCGACUGGACUCUGGAGGCCUCUUCUGCGUCCGGCGAGGGUUCGCUAGAAGCUGUUGCUCCUCCCUCCCCAUCCACGGCUGAGUAGUAGUCUGUUGUUGUUCUGGGUUGAAGUGUUUAUGGUGAUUUCUUUUUGUUUUUGAAAGCUUGUAUUGGGUUUUCGAAUGUUAUUGCUUCUGCGUUUGAUUAAUUUAAUGAAAUGUUUUUCCGUUAACGCUU